GAUAGAGAGAGGUUAUAUACAAACUAGAAAAAUCCAAAUGAAUUUCAUAAACUUAUGGAGCCACUGCACCAGGCUUUUCAUUUUUGUAGUCCCUGUUUGGUUAUUUGAGUUUGCACCCACUGAGAUACGUAGUGAGUAACACAACACAACACAUACAUAAAAAAACACACAACAAAACUCUCUUCUAUGUUCCAUCACUUUCUGUCUCUCUGUUCUCUCUCUCUGUCUCGAGAUUGGCGUCUAAGAUAGUAGUCUACUAGUAUAGGCCAAUAUAGCACCACCCCUUCUCUUCAUUCCUCAACUUCCUUACCAAAGUUUGGAUUUUGAGACCAUCUGAUGCAGGAGAGUGGAAGCUCUCUUGGAGAAGAGAGCCUAUCUGAAGAAGAGGACUCAAAGCUACCAUUUUUCUGAAACCCCAUUUCCUCUAGCUUCAUCAUUUUCUUGGUUUGUAUUUUUCUUUACUUGUUAUUAUGCCUCUUUCUGUGCUUGGAGACUCAUCAUCAAGCAAGGACAUGGAUUCUGGCAAGUAUGUGAGGUAUACUCCUGAGCAAGUGGAAGCUUUGGAGAGGUUGUAUGCUGAAUGUCCAAAGCCAAGUUCUUCCAGAAGGCACCAACUCAUUAGGGAGUGUCACAUCCUUGCUAACAUUGAACCUAAACAGAUCAAAGUUUGGUUUCAGAAUCGUAGAUGCCGCGAAAAGCAGCGCAAGGAAUCAUCUCGCCUGCAGACAGUGAAUAGAAAGCUGACUGCGAUGAAUAAGUUGUUAAUGGAAGAGAAUGACCGUCUGCAGAAGCAGGUCUCAAAGUUGGUUUAUGAUAAUGGAUACAUGAAACAACAAGUGCAGACCGCAUCUGCUACUACUACAGACAAUAGCUGUGAGUCUGUGGUAAUGAGUGGUCAGCAACACCAACAGCUAUUCCCCAAAACUAAGCAUCCCCAGUGGGAUGCUAAUAACCCAGCUGGUCUUCUCGCAAUAGCUGAGGAGGCCCUGGCAGAGUUCCUUUCCAAGGCUACCGGAACUGCUGUCAACUGGGUCCCAAUGAUUGGGAUGAAGCCUGGUCCGGAUUCUAUUGGCAUCGUUGCUGUUUCCCGCAACUGUCGUGGGGUAGCAGCCCGAGCCUGCGGCCUUGUGAGCCUUGAGCCCGCAAAGGUUGCUGAGAUUCUUAAAGAUCGUCCAUCUUGGUAUCGUGACUGCCGAUGCCUCAAUGUUUUGAGCAUAGUCCCCACUGCAAAUGGGGGCAUAAUAGAGCUCUUGUAUAUGCAGACCUAUGCUCCUACAACAUUGGCUGCAGCAAGAGACUUCUGGACACUACGAUACACAACAAGUUUGGAAGAUGGAAGUCUUGUGAUUUGUGAGAGAUCCUUGACUUCUUCAAUUGGUGGUCCAACAGGGCCUCCUGCUUCAAGCUUCGUAAGAGCUGAAAUGUUUCCUAGUGGCUAUCUAAUUAGAUCCUGUGAGGGUGGUGGAUCUAUUAUUCACAUUGUUGAUCACGUUGAUUUAGAUAUUCGGAGUGUUCCUGAAGUAUUGAGGCCCCUCUAUGAAUCACCUAAAAAUUUGGCUCAAAAAUCAACUAUUGCUGCUUUGCGACAUGUAAGACAAAUUGCACAAGAAUCAAGUGGAGAAGUUCAUUAUGGUGGGGGACGUCAGCCUGCUGUCUUGAGGACAUUUAGUCAACGACUUUGCAAAGGGUUCAAUGAUGCUGUCAAUGGGUUUGCGGAUGAUGGUUGGUCACUGAUGGGUAAUGAUGGGGUGGAAGACGUGACAAUAGCCAUAAACUCAUCUCAAAACAAGUUUUUUGGCUCUCAUUAUAAUACAUCGUUGCUCCCACCAUUUGGAGGUGGGGUCCUUAGUGCCAAGGCAUCAAUGCUGCUGCAGAAUGUUCCUCCUCCUUUGCUUGUUCGCUUCUUGAGAGAGCAUCGUUCUGAGUGGGCUGAUUAUGGAGUUGAUGCAUAUUCAGCUGCAUGUCUUAAAGCUAGUCCUUAUGCAGUUCCUUGUGCAAGGCCCGUUAGCUACCCCAGCAGCCAGGUCAUUUUACCCCUUGCUCCUACUGUGGAGCAUGAGGAGUUCUUGGAGGUAGUUCGUAUAGAAGGUCAUGUUUUUCCCCCUGAAGAUUUGCCUUUGGCUGGUGAUAUGUAUCUCUUGCAGCUGUGCGGUGGAGUUGAUGAAAGUGCAAUUGGAGCAUGUGCACAGCUGGUGUUUGCGCCUAUUGAUGAAUCAUUUGCAGAUGAUGCUCUCUUACUGCCUUCUGGUUUCCGCAUCAUAGCAUUGGAUCCUAAAACAGAUGGGCCGGCUGCAACUAGGACCUUGGAUUUGGCAUCGACACUGGAAAUAGGAUCUAGUAAUGCUCGUCUAGCUGGUGAAGGCAAUUUGAACAACUACAACCUGAAGUCGGUCCUUACAAUUGCAUUCCAGUUUUCCUUUGAGAACCAUUUGCAGGACAAUGUAGCUGCUAUGGCUCGCGAUUAUGUGCGUAAUGUUGUGCGAUCUGUUCAGAGGGUUGCCAUGGCAAUCACUCCCUCUCCGUUCAGUGCCCAGCUAGGGCAGAAGUCCCUUCCCGGCCCCCCUGAGGCUCUUACUUUAGCACGAUGGAUCUAUAGAAGCUACAGGGUCCACACCGGCACUGAGCUUUCUAGAGUUGAGUCCACAUGUGGCGAUGCAAUCAUAAAGAAACUUUGGCACCAUUCAGAUGCAAUAAUUUGCUGUUCUAUAAAAUCAAUUGCAUCUCCAGUGUUCACCUUUGCAAACCAAGCUGGACUUGACAUGCUUGAAACCACUCUCGUUACUCUUCAAGAUAUAAUGCUCGAUAAAGUUCUUGAUGAAGCUGGCAGGAAGAUUCUCUGCAUGGAGUUCUCCAAGAUAAUGCAACAGGGAUUUGCAUAUCUGCCAGCUGGAAUAUGUGUAUCCAGUAUGAAUCGACCUGUGUCGUAUGAGCAGGCCAUAGUAUGGAAAGUUCUGGAUGACCACGAUUCCAAUCACUGCCUUGCCUUCAUGUUCAUGAACUGGUCUUUUGUUUGAUGGGGACACCAUCAUUAAGAUACUUAUAUCUAGUAAUUUAUUUUGAGUACUUUCUGUCACAGACAAAUGUAGUAUGGUUAUGUGUGCCAUUAGUUCUACCAAGUACCAAGUAUGUUCCUUUCUAAACUGAUGACUGUAUAACUAUCUUGUUGCCUAUGUAGGCCACUUAUAAUGUGUUUGCAUAUAUGUUGCUUUUUGUCC